AUGACAGCUAAAACUAUUGACAAAGUUUGCGUACCCACCAGUAGUUUUAUACACGACAUUCAAGAGGGAAUCUAUUCAAUGGAAGAGGAAAUAUCCGCAUCAUUGCCAGAGACGGGAACUGGGUUAAAAAUUGAUUCAUAUUGGAAACAGCACGGCCAUUUGGGUGAACCUGAGGGGGGUAAGAAUUAAUUUGAUGUAAAGAAUAAUUAUUAUUUAGAAAAUAUUCAUUUCUAUUUUGCUGUUAUAGCUAGUAGAAAGGAAGCAAUAUGUCCUCAUCAACUUUACUAAGAUUUUAGGAUUUAAAUUCAUUAUUAGUCAUAUUUGAGAUUAUCCUAAAUUGAGGAUAAUCCAUAUUAUUGGUUAAUAUUAAUCAAGUAGAUGGUCUGCUAUAGUAAGUCAAUGUAUUUUUUCUAAAUCGUUAUAUGACUUGAAACCUCCUACAUACCCAUUACAAAACCACAAAUUGGUGUGCAACCGCGCGUAAAACCCAUGCGUUAAAGUAAAAACCCUUGGAUAAAAGUAAUAUAAUCAACGUUUUUUGGACACAUAACUAACAUUACUUUUCCUUUGCUUCGCAGGUGAUCGUUUGAGUGAAGAAAAGGGCACCUUCGAGUUGUCUUUCCACGGCAACUUUACGCAGCCACCGCGCACUCAGGCUGUGGCAUACACGGGGAAGUUCUCAAUCAAUUCCAGAGGUGUAGGAGGAUACUGGAAUCCCGGGGGUGUCAUUAACGUAGCUAGUGCUGACAUAAGGGCGGCAGCUUCAUCCCCGGUGUCUGCCUUGCCCUCGCCUGACCCACCAAAGCUUUACGCAGGAACUGUGAGCUGCACCAUGGCGCAGAGUCAACAUGAUAUAAACCACAUGUAUGCCCCGCCGUCUUACUCUUGUAGCGGGGAAAUGUACCAGGAUCAAUCAACCUACCUGGCAACCUCGACCUGCCCCAUGUCCUAUCCACAGCCAUCAUACUCCUCCUAUACAUCACCAAAGUCGACAGUGGACAGCGCGCUCUUAACCAUCAUGCCUGACUACAGCGGGUUCUACCAGCCAAACUGCCAACGAGACAUCCAGGUAUUUCCUGACAGGAAAUCGUUACCAUAUUCACUGGACUCUCCGAGGGUUCCACCACCUCUGACACCUCUGAACACAAUAAGGAAUUUUACGCUUGGGGGACCUGCGACAGAGGGCCCUUGUCUACCCAAUCCCUACAACACUCCGAAUUUACCCCUAAGGCCAAUAUUGAGACCGAGAAAGUAUCCAAACCUCCCGAGCAAAACGCCUGUCCAUGAGCGACCAUACCCUUGCCCGGCAGAGAGCUGCGAUAGGAGGUUCUCCCGGUCAGACGAGCUGAGCAGACACGUCAGGAUCCACACAGGGCACAAACCCUUCCAGUGUCGGAUCUGCAUGCGCAGUUUCAGUCGCAGUGACCACCUCACUACGCACAUCCGGACACACACUGGAGAAAAACCCUUCUCCUGUGACCACUGUGGAAGAAAGUUUGCCAGGAGUGAUGAAAGAAGGAGACACACGAAAAUCCACUUAAGACAGAAAGAGAAAAAGUCAUCAUAA